GCAUUACUGCUAGAAAUUUGAGAGGGCAACACCGAGCCGAAAAAGUAACAACGUCACAUCGGGUAAUCGUGUGAAGUCCAAAGAUAAGGCGCUAUCAGGAAGUAUUUUGUAGUUAUUUUGUAGUAGCUUACCACCGAUAGAUGAUACGUAAGGUAAGUGUCUGGUUGCGAUGACUAAUUGGCAGACAGCUAAGUCGCUAAAUGUUACCGUUUUGGUUCACGGUUCUUGCUGGCAGUGUUAGCUUGUGGUUGGGGCGUACGCUAUUGAGAAUAAGAUUUACUGGAAUGAUCGUCAUAUGAACGCGUUUAAAGUGUUUCAUUUAUGUAUCUUGUUUGACGUUUGCGUUUAAGUUGGACAAAGGACAAAAACAGGGCAGUUCAGCUAGCUUGAAAAGAUACGCUCACGAGACGAGGACGAUCACGUGAUCGCUACUGGUCAUGCUGCAUCAUUUGUUGAAUGUUUUGGGAGGCAUAUGUUUUAGUAUUCAAUCACAUUUAACUAGACUAGUUGAGGUAGUGUGUAAUUUGGUUUAAAAAAAACUUCGUCAAUUGGCAUUCAACUCUACAUUAAACACAUGUAGGAUGAGCUAGAAUAGAUAUUCUGACCUCCUGACCUUGAUAAUGCUAAUCAGAAUAAAUGGUUAAAAAUCGUACAUACACAUCUCCAAAAUCUUGUGUUGAUCUCACAUAUUUAAAAACUGAAUUGUUGAUUAAUAUUUUGAUGCCACAUUAUUUUAUCAGGGAACGUAACCCUAAUCUAGUGUGGUCUUGGAAUUGCUCAUUUUCAUGUCAGAAGUCUUCUCCUUAAAUUCGAUUUUGUAAAAAUUUGACAGAUUAAAUACUGAUAUUCUAUUUUUGUCUGAAACAUGGCUGACAAGCUCAAUCGCUGAAUGACAUUGCUAUUCAAGGUUAUCAUAUUUUUGGCUGUGAUCGUCACAGAAAAGGUGGUGGUGUUGCUUUUUAUGUAAGGAACAAAUUUAACGUUGCUUUUGGGCCAUUGCUGUCAAUUAGUCAACAGUUAAUAUAAUUGAGUCCCUUGAUUGUAAAAAGUUCUGUACAGUGCUUUUCAUUGACUUGUCUAAAGACUUCGACACCAUCGAUCAUGACACUUUGUUAAAUUGGCUUUAGAAAAUCUGAUACUGCUGUUGGCUGGUUUUCUAUCUGUCAGGUAGAACUCAGUGUGUACAUCUUACUGGUCUGUCUUCCUCUUUACUUUUAGUAACUAAAGGAGUACCUCAAGGUUCUGUUCUAGGUACGCUGCUGUUUUCCAUUUAUGUAAACAAUCUCUGUCAAAAUGUGCCGAACGCCUUUUUUCCACUUUUAUGCAGAUGAUGCAGUCAUCUAUUGUUCCCCUCCUUCAAUUGACCAAGCCUUGGAUUUUGUACGGUCUGUAUUUCAUUAUGUUCAGUCACAUCGAAAUCAGCUAAGGUUAGUGCUAAAUGAAGACAAAUCUAAAGUUAUGGUUUUCUCAAAUGUAAAACUGCUACCCUCUCAGCUCCCUAAAAUCAAAACGGCUGAAGGGAAAGAAAUUCAAAUGGUCUCAUCUUACAAGUAUUUAGGCUUGUUAUUUUAACUUGUCAUUCAAACAACAUAUUUUGCAUCUUGUAGUGAAGCUAAACUGCUAAACUUCAGCUGAACUGGAGCUAAAACUUAUUUUUUUGUCUUCAGAAAUAAAUCCUGCUUCCCUGCUUAUACAAGGAAGCAUUUGAUUUCUGCUACUUCCUUACCUUUGCUGGAUUAUGAUGACCUCCUAUUUAUGAAUGUGUCAGAACUUCUUUUGCAAACGCUGUGCACUGUUUACCACUCUGCUUUACUCUUUAUGACUGGCUGUGGAAACUGUGUUCACUAUUGUACAUUGUAUGCUGCAGUUGAGGUUCCAUCCCUAUCUGUGGACUAUUUGGUGGACUCACUGCCUGACUUUAAUUUAUGAAUUUAUGAAUUCUUGGACUCCUACCAUCUUACCUCUGCACAUACAUGCAUAAAUACCAUCAAACAGUAUGCUUUGCGCUCUCAGAAAAAUGUAUAGACAGUGGUUCCUGAAGUCAGAACUAGAGAUCGACCGAUAUGGGUUUUUCAGGGCCGAUUAUUAGUAGUUAAGGAGGCCGAUAACCGAUAUUUAGAGCCGAUAUUUAUUUGCAAUAAGGGUCAAAAUUGGUGUAAAAAUGUUGAAUAACACAGACACUUAAUUUCCUUUAACUGCCUAAAGCAUUUUUAUUUAACCAAACAGAAAGAUGGCUCCAGAAGAGCAUGGAGUUAUACACUCAGAAGCAUCUUUUAGAAGUUGAAUAAAAACUUAAAUAUAUACAGUAGCUUCCUGAAAUGUUUCCACAGUAAAUAAAGUAACAUUUAUAUAUAACUUAUCUUUGUUUUAAGUUCAAACACAACGAAAAGUAGAGGGAGUUAACAAGCUCAACAGCAACUCUUGUAAGGUUUAAUAAAAAGCUAUAUAAUAGCUCCCUGAAUUUUUUUCAGCCUUCAUCUUAGCGUACUUCCCUGCAACAAAACAAGACCAAAUUGAAUUUCUUACACUCUCUCAGUCACACACACAGGCUUCUACAACCACAGACUGUUUCCACAUUGAUAUUACCAACAGCAUUGUUUCAAGUGAUUCACAGGCAUAUUACGUUAUAUUACGUUACGUUAUUAUAGUAGUCGUGAGCUGUAGAGUUUUUCAUGUGACUUUCAUGCAAAAACACACUAUUUUCCACAUUACAUACAUUCUCCCCAUUGCUAAUGCAUAGUCUGCUGAGCCUUUAGAGCCAGACCGGCGAACUAAUGUUACGGUACGCUAAGCAGCCUCCACCUUGGCGUGCUUCCCUCCAAUAAAACAAGUGAAUUGAGUUAUUUACACGUUCUCUCUCAAUCACACACAUGCUUUUACUGUCACGGACUGUUUGACUGUCGACAUUAUCAGCAGCCUUCUUUCAGGUAAUUCACAGACAUGUCGGGAGGUACUACGAGCUAGCAGAGAUGCCGCUAAUGUUUACUCCGCUGUUACGUUAUUCUGCUGUUCACUGUAACGUCAGUAGGAGUUGCAAGAUGUAGAGCACUGGGAUGUUAAAAUUUUCUGCAUUUACCUUGACGUGUGUUUGCUCUCAGACGCUCUCAGAGAAUGUGUGAGAGAAAGGACAAUCUCCGCUUCAGAUUGGCUCUGCCACUAACGCAUGCCGUGGCUUGCUUAACCAAUCAGAUGGCGCUGGAAAACAGAAGUCACAGCUGGCAGGAGAGAGAGAGGUGCGGCUGCAUCCGAGCCGAACUACCCCAGUUUUAAAUUGAUUUCUUGAUAUAGACCUGUUGGAUUGAAAUAAGGCCGAUUAUCGGCCCGGCCGAUAAUUAGUCGACCACUCGUCAGAACAGAGUUGGGUUAGACAACAGUCCAGGACGCUGCACCCUUUGCAUGAAGUGACCUGCAAAAUGACUUAAACUUAUCUCAACUUGUUACGUUAGAUUCAAGAGAGUUUUAUUGUCAUGUGCAUAGUAAAACAGCAGUUAUACCAUGCAAUGAAAAUCUUAUUCUGUUCAUUCUCCCAAGAAAGAAAGAAAACACAAGAAAGAAUAAGAACAUAAGAAACAUAAACACAUAAACAUAUAUACCAAUAAAUUAAGCAACAACAACAGAAGAGACAUUAAUGCAAGUAAAUAAUGCAAAUAAAUAAAUAAAUAAAUAAAUAAAUAAAUAAAGUGCUAUGAGUGUGUGCGUGUGUUGCGUGCGGCGUGUGCGAGUGCUUCGUUGAGGAGCCUGAUGGCCUGUGGGUAAAAGCUGUUUGCCAGCCUUGUGGUCCUGGACUUCAAACUCCUGUAGCGUCUGCCUGACGGUAGGAGUGUGAAUAAUGAGUGUUGUGGAUGUGUGCUGUCCUUGAUGAGGUUGUGUGUUCUGCGUAGGACUCUAGAUGUGUAAAUGUCUUGCAGUGAGGGGAGGGCUGCCCCAACAAUGUUCUGUGAGGUCUUGAUCACCCGCUGGAGUGCCUUCCUAUCACGUGUUGUACAGUUACCGUACCAAACAGUGAUGGAGGCGGUAAGGACACUUUCGAUAGUGCAUCUGCAGAAGCAACUCAGGAUUGUGGUGGACAUGCCAAAUUUCCUCAGUCUUCUCAGGAAGUACAGUCUCCUUUGGGACUUCUUCAGAAUUUGUUGGGUGUUGUGAGACCAGGUGAGGUCCUCGCUGAUGUGUGUGCCAAGGAACUUGAAGGUUUUCACCCUCUCCACCUCAGUCUCAUCAAUAAACAGGGGUCUAUGCGGCUCCUUUUCCCUUGUUCUUGGGUCGAUGAUCAUCUCUUUAGUCUUAUCUGUAUUGAGAAGGAGAUUGUUAGCACGACACCAAGCUAUGAGGUCCGCCACCUCUCUUCUGUAUGAUGUUUCAACACCACCAGUGAUCAGUCCGAUGACUGUAGUGUCAUCCGCAAAUUUAAUGAUGCUGGUGUUGUUCUGGGAGGCCACGCAAUCGUAGGUUAGGAGAAUUUAAGGCUAUUUUAAAGGAACAUGAAAUGAAUGGGCCCCGCGACCCUAAUGAGGAAGAAGCGGUAUAGAAGAUGGAUGGAUGGAUGGAUGGAUGGAUGGAUGGAUGAAAUGAAUGGGCUCGGUCAACGUAACUUGUUUUUAAAUUGUUGAAACUGUUGAUUAUUCAUUGUGAAUGUUGUACUGUAUGUUGACAAUGUCUUGUUAGAAACUUUGUGUUAUGCUGCCGUCUUGGCCAGGUCACUCUUGUAAAACAGAUUUUUAAUCUCAAUGAGCUUUACCUGGUUAAAGGUUAAAAAAAAAAAUGGGUCUGUCUUUGCAGAUGUCUGGUCAACUCAACAACCUGAAGCACAGAAAGAGGAAGAACAUCUCUGAGCCUAAACACUCCAAAAAGUCACAGGGUUCUGUCACAAGGAGGAAAUGCAUGAAAAGUCCAAAGGCUCUCUUCAGUGCAGAGAGAAGUUCAGCAGCUAGUCCGAACAGCUCAGCAGUAGGCGACACAGAGAGACUGUCUCACAUCAGCUGUGAGUGCCUCCAGUCUGCAGGCAGACGGCGAUGCUCUGCGUCUCCUCUGUUGGACGGACAGGAGGGCAAAGAGAAUGAGCUGAGGAUGAGCCCAAUUUUGGACACUUGCACAUGGUAUGGUAUACGGGACAAGCAUGGCCUUGAUGACAUGGAUUGCGAAGAAUUGGACAAAAACAUGUUCCCAGAUGAUGACAGCAACCAGAUUCUUCCUGUGGAGCAGUUCUUUGGAAAUCUGGAUGCUUUACAGGAUUUUCCUCAGAGAACAUCAGAGACUUCUCAUCAUCAGAGUAAGCACAGGCGACGCCAUUAUUACGCUAGAGAAGACAGCGAUGAAGAGCAACAGCAUCAUGAGGCGGAGGAAGGCCUCAGCAGCACCCAGCAAGAGGACAGAGUCGGCACUUUGUGACUUUGUUUGGCUUUCUGCACUGAGAAACUUUUCAGCACUUAGCUUAAAAAAAAAAAAAAGGCAGCCAAAUGAAAUUUACGAGAUCAGUCAGCCUGUCACUUGCACCAAGGUAAUGUGACGUUUCUUGUUUGUUGUUUUUGCUGAGAUAUGAGGAUACUUCCCACUUUUAACAUUUCUCAUAGUGGUUGGUAGGCGAACACAACUCAAGACAAUCACUUCCAAGACAAGCCAACAUUAGAUGGAUGUUUUUAGAAAGCCUACUCCCAAUAGGAACACACCACAUGUUGACUUGAUCAUCACUGGUGAUCACAUUAUUUUUAAUAUUUAGAAGAAUAUAAUCUUAUCGCCACCAUUUAUCAGGAACAAUUAUUUCUUGAUGCCUUUCUGCCCACUCAAAACCUGGUUUGGAGGUGACAAUGAGCACGCUUAGGAUUUUCACUUGCCACAACAGGAGUAACAUGUAAUGAGGUCCCGUACAGGAGCUGUAUCCAAAAUUCCACAAAGAUAGUAAUGCUCAGUCUUGACCCUAUGAAAGAGGCAUUACUUUUAUUAUUUAGGAAAGUAUUGAGGUGUAGCGUAGAUCACAGCUGUACCUAAUAAAUUAUCUUUAUGUAGGCAGCACUGAUUGCACUGUACUUUGAAUGACUUUUUUUUUUUUUUUUUUUUGAAGCCCAAAGAGAUGUUGCAUUUCAACAGUGCUGGUUUCAGGUAACAACUCUUCAA